CACCGAAGAGGCGCCGUCUUCCUGGGUCCCGAGCACUGUGUGCCGGAGGGUGAAAUGUCUGGCAAGUUGCCUCAUUGAGUGCUCCAUGGGGGUUAGUGUCGGUGACUGCUACACAGACCUGAUGGCUACUUUCCCAGACGACUCUGCCCCUGUCUACACGGAGAGCACGCAGGAGGGAAUGGCAACUGCGUCUCCAACUGCCAGGUGCCAGGAAACAGUGACAUUCGAGGAUGUGGCCGUGAUUUUCACAGAUGAAGAGUGGAGGCAUCUGGUGCCCAUUCAGAGGGAUCUGUACAAGGAGGUGAUGCUGGAGAACUAUAAGAGCAUUGUCUCAUUGGGACUUCCGGUUCCUCAAGCUGAAGUGAUUUUUCAGUUGAAAAGAGGGGAUGAUCCUUGGAUAACUGAUCUUCAUGGGUCUAAGGAGAGAGAAUGUCCAGAGAAGAUCUCUCUAGACUGUGAAGCUACGCCUGAUAUUCAAGGUGAUUCAGGUGAAGAAAAACCAGAAGGAACACUGAAAGAAAGACCUGGAAGGAAAAGUCCUUUGUGUCCUAAAUUUGAAGAUCUGACUGUGGAGGAUGAGUUGGAGACAGAGGAGGAAAGCCCUGAAGUGGAAGCCUGCAAAAAUUCCCUUUCCCUGGAGGAAAGUUCACAGCAAGAAUCAACCCCUUCCAAGAAAAUUCUCCCUAAAGAGAGAGACCAGGAAUGCAGUGACUGUGGAAAGAGCUUUUUUGAUUACUCAUCCCUCAUCCGCCAUCAGAGGACUCACACUGGAGAGAAGCCUUAUGACUGUCAAGAAUGUGGGAAAGCCUUCAGUCACAGGAGCAGUCUCAGUAGACAUCUGAUGUCUCACACUGGAGAGAUCCCUUAUGAAUGCAACGUAUGUGGGAAAGCCUUUUUUGACCGUUCAUCCCUAACUGUUCAUCAGCGAAUUCAUACUGGAGAGAAGCCCUUUAAAUGCAGCGAGUGUGGCAAAGCCUUCUUUGACCGCUCAUCCCUUACUCGACAUCAGAGAAUUCAUACUGGAGAAAGUCCUUAUGAAUGUAAUCAAUGUGGAAAAGCCUUUAGCCAGAAAAGUAUUCUUACUCGACAUCAGCUAAUCCAUUCUGGCAGGAAGCCUUAUAAAUGUAAUGAGUGCGGGAAAGCCUUUUAUGGUGUCUCAUCACUGAACAGACAUAAAAAAGCUCAUGCAGGAGAGCCUCGCUAUCAGUGCAACCAGUGUGAGAAGGCGUUCUUUGACCGCUCCUCCCUUACCCAGCACCAGAAGAUUCACACUGGAGACAAGCCAUAUGAAUGCAGUGAAUGUGGGAAAGCCUUUAGCCAAAGAUGUCGGCUUACGAGACAUCAGAGAGUCCAUACAGGGGAAAAACCAUAUGAAUGUAAUGAAUGUGGUAAAGCCUUUAGCCAGAGCAUACACCUUACUCUGCAUCAAAGAAUCCAUACCGGAGAGAAACCCUAUGAAUGUCACGAAUGUGGGAAGGCCUUCAGUCACCGCUCAGCCCUGAUUCGGCAUCACAUAAUUCAUACUGGAGAGAAACCCUAUGAAUGUAGUGAAUGUGGAAAGGCCUUUAACCAGAGUUCAUACCUUACUCAACAUCAGCGGAUUCAUACUGGAGAGAAACCUUAUGAGUGUAAUGAAUGUGGGAAGGCCUUCAGCCAAAGCACAUUUCUUACCCAGCAUCAGGUCAUUCAUACUGGAGAAAAACCCUAUAAGUGUAACGAAUGUGGGAAAGCCUUUAGUGACCGUUCAGGUCUUAUUCAGCACCAGAGAACUCAUACUGGGGAGAGGCCUUAUGAGUGCAAUGAAUGUGGGAAAGCCUUUGGCUACUGUUCAGCCCUCACUCAACAUCAGAGAACUCACACUGGGGAGAAACCCUAUAAAUGCAAUGAUUGUGCCAAAGCCUUCAGUGACCGCUCAGCCCUUAUUCGGCAUCAGAGAACACACACUGGAGAGAAACCUUACAAGUGUAAGGAUUGUGGAAAAGCUUUCAGCCAGAGCUCAUCUCUUACAAAACAUCAGAAAACUCAUACUGGAGAAAAACCCUAUAAGUGUAAGGAAUGUGGAAAAGCCUUUAGCCAAAGUUCAUCUCUUUCUCAACAUCAGAAAACUCAUGCUGGAGGGGAAACCAAGGAUUACGGAAAAGCUUUUAGUGGUCAUUCAGCCUUUGGCCAGCAAAAGAGAAUUCAUACUGGAUAAACUGUAAAAUGUGGCACAUUCAGACAGAGUUAUUGAACAUUUGCUAUAUGCAGCAUGGGGGUUUCAACGAAAGUUAAAACUGUUACAAAACAUGUAUUAAUUGAGAAAUCAUUGUUGACAUGGAGCAUAGCUUAGUCAGAAUGUGAAAAAAGAGUUUUACAUUUUUCAAAAUGCUCCAGUGGAGGAGGACAUUGUGAAUUUUCUUAGGGAAAGAGGAAAGUUAUUUCCGACACCUUACUGUGUAGUAAGCUAUCAGAUCCUUGUGAGAAAUGGGGUACGCCAUGGUGAAAAAAGGACAUCUUGACUAGGUAGUCUUAUAACCUAAGGGAUAAAGUUCCAAGAGACAAGGAAAUUGCAGGGGUAGAAAAAGAAAAGGGAUAGAAUUCACAAUGAGUUUGUCCAGGAUGGGGAGUCAAAAUAGAAGGGAAGUUGUACUUAGUCGUAAAUAAAUACAAGGGUACAAUGGAGGCAGAGGGAAGAACAGGGAAAAAGAAUUGGGGAAUGAACUUGAGGUGUUGAUUGAGUUAAUUAACUCAAAUGGGUACUCACAGCCUGGAAACAUAUUAGUCAGACUUGUAGUUGCAAAUUUCCAUGAGGGCAGCUUUCCCUUGAAGCCUGCCAGGGUUGGGUCUCUGCUUCUACAGUUCGUGUCAUUUUGACCCUGCUUAUUGAGAGUCACAUUAACUCCCAAAUGUCAAGGCCUACAUUCUGGAAAGGGAGAGGACAGAUGGGACCUUUGAGGAUUUCAAUUAGUGUAAGCUGUCUUGCUUAGAAUGUGCUUAUUUAUAAAAGUUUACCUCAAUUGUAUGUAGUUUUUACUUUAGAUUUUUUCAUAUCAUAGUAAAAUUUAGUUGUGGACUUGAACUGCAUAUUAGAUUGUACAAAACUUGAAAAGACUUUGAAAUUUUUGCCUUUAACCAUUUUACCCUAGGAAAGAUGACAUCUUUGUAUAUGUAUUUUUUUUCAUUGAAAGUUUGAUUUGAAGGUUAUUAGAAACAUUUUGAAUGCUGUGUUUUUAGUUUUCAUGAAUUUGACUAUGAUGCAUCUUGAUAUGGAUUUCUUGAGUUUCUCCUAUUUGCUGAGCUUCUUGAGGCUGUAGGUUUAUAU